AGCACUCCGUUUCAAACAUAAACCCUAAAAAAACCCUAAUUUCAAUCACCAAUCUUGUACUUCCUUCAUUGUUCUAUCUUCUUGGUUUUCCAUGGAGGAGCGGGAGAAUCUGCAGUUUACCGAAAACUUCGUCUACGAAAUUCUCAGCCCACUCUCUCUUUCCUCCGCCGCCGCCGCCGAUUCCCCAGUUUCCGACCACCUCGAACCCUAUUCCGUUUUCCGCAACGAGAUUUCUCUCUCCACUCUCCGAUGCACUUCAUCGGAUUCCGCCGCCCCUGAUUUCUUCUCCCUCGACGUCGCCGGCGAAGCUUCCGGCCGAGACCCCCUCCCCGAGCCGGUUGGGACACCCGAGCCGAAGACGCCGGCUAUUGCGCCGCCAGAGCCGAAGCUCGAGAGCGGUUGGUUUCGUGGGAAUUGCAAAUUUCGCAGUCCCAUGCUUCAGCUGCAUAAAGAGAUAGUGGAUUUUUGUGAAUUUUUGUCACCUACCCCGGAAGAGAAAGCUGCACGCAACAUGGCAAUAGAAUCUGUAUUUGAGGUUAUAAAACAUAUAUGGCCUCACUGCCAGGUAGAAGUCUUUGGGUCUUUCAGGACGGGGCUGUAUCUUCCUACUAGUGAUAUCGAUGUUGUUAUUCUGAGGACGGGCUUACCUAAUCCACAGAUUGGCUUGAAUGCAAUUUCUAGGGCGUUGUCACAAAGGGGCAUGGCUAAAAAGAUACAGGUCAUUGGAAAGGCCCGUGUGCCAAUUAUCAAAUUUGUUGAAAAGAGGAGUGGUGUUGCAUUUGAUAUAAGUUUUGACAUAGACAAUGGACCCAAAGCUGCUGAGUAUAUUCAGGAAGCAGUGGCUAGGUGGCCAUCACUACGGCCGUUGUGUUUGAUUUUGAAAGUAUUUUUGCAACAAAGAGAACUAAAUGAGGUAUAUUCUGGUGGGAUUGGUUCAUAUGCCCUCCUUGCCAUGCUGAUGGCCAUGUUGCGGAAUCUUCGUCAGAGCCAAGCUUCUGGAGAGCACAAUUUGGGGGUUCUUUUGGUGCAUUUUUUUGAUUUCUACGGACGCAAAUUGAAUGCCUCAGAUGUUGGUGUGUCUUGUAAUGGGGCAAGCACCUUUUUCUUAAAGAGUAGUAAAGGGUUUUCAGCCAAAGGACGACCGUUUAUUAUUGGCAUUGAGGAUCCACAGGCACCAGAGAAUGACAUUGGGAAGAACUCCUUCAAUUAUUUCCAGAUUAGGUCAGCUUUUGCAAUGGCCUUCACAACUUUGACAAAUCCCAAGAUCAUCCUGAGCUUAGGACCGAACAGGAGCAUUCUUGGCACUAUAAUUAGACCAGACCCUGUCUUGCUGGAGCGUAAAGGGGGGUUGAACGGGGAGGUGACUUUUAAUAGCUUGCUUCCUGGUGCUGGUGAGACAUUACAACAACAGUAUGGAGAGCAGGAUAUGUUAUGCAACUGGCAGUUAGACUAUGAAGAAGAACCACUACCACGGGGAAUUGACACCGGUGCAGAGCCUAGCACACGCUCUUCAACAAAGAAGAGAAAAUCUGCAUCAAAGGAGAAUUCUAGCAAGAAGCUUAAGGAAAAUGGGGAUAUUCGGAUGGUUAGGCAUGAAGACAAUGACUCUAGAAAAGAGAACGGUAUAAAGAAGAAAAAUAGGAAAAAAUCACGUGACACAACGGUCCUAUAACUAUUCAAUAGGCCAGGGUCUAAGUGCUGAGUUUUCUUACGGAUAAAAUGCUUGGGGAUUGUAAUUUGAUCACUGGUUCAAAAGUGCAGGAACAAAUGCAACACAAUCGGAAAGAACAAUUUGGAGACGAAUUUUCUCACAUGAAGCAAGGUGUGAGCUUUCUGCCUGACCACUGAGGCGUGCCUUCAGCGUAUCAGAAAUUCGCAAUCACAUCCAUGAUUUGUUAAAUUUCUUUACACAUUAUAGUUUUGGAAGGUGUUGUCGUCAUGUGACUUAGGUCACAUAUUCAAUUCAUUUAAUCACUUUCUUGCAUUAGUGCAAUGUAAUACAUAGCAGAACCCAAUGCAUAGCGGAAGGUUCAUAGCUACUGUAUCAAAUUGAUGUUAUAGUUGUCAUAUGUCCAAUUUUGUCGGAGAAUUUACUGGAAGCCAAAAACCAACGUGAGAAAAGAAAAGGUUGAUAGGAUGAAAGAAACUAGUUGUGUUGAGUGUAUUAGGUGUGCGGUUCGAUUCCCUGUAAUGUCCACAAAAAAAAGAAAACGAGGGUAUGGUAUUUUAUCGCAACAUGAAUGCAGUAAUUUUUA